CCCAGCAGCAGCAGCAGCAGCUCUGCCUGCCUGCUGGAGAACAUGGCAGCUCUGUCCGCUCAGUCAUGCGGGCUCUUGGAGCGCUCCGUCCGGGACCGGUUCCCUCCUCUGCUCACCGACCUCUACCAGUUCACCAUGGCCUACGCUUACUGGCGGGCCGACCGGCACCAGGAGCCCGCUGUCUUCGAGCUGUUCUUCAGAGAAAACCCCUUCGGCGGAGGCUUCUCGCUGUUCGCUGGGCUGCAGGACUGCCUCCUGUUCCUGCGGAGCUUUCGCCUAACAGACGGAGAUGUGGAGUUCCUGCGCUCUGUCCUCCCUCCCAACACCGACCCCGCCUUCUUCGACUUCCUGAGAGGCCUCGACUGUUCAGCUGUGACGCUGCGCUCCGUCCCAGAGGGCUCUGUGGUGUUUGCCAGGGUGCCUCUGAUGGAGGUGGAGGGACCGCUGGCUGUGGUCCAGCUGCUGGAGACCAGUCUACUGUGUCUGGUUAAUUAUGCAAGUCUGGUGUGCAGUAAUGCGGCUCGUUUCCGCCUGGCGGCCGGACACAAGAGGAAGCUGCUGGAGAUGGGGCUCCGCCGCGCCCAGGGACCAGACGGGGGUCUUACAGCCUCACGCUACACGCACAUCGGAGGGUUUGAUCUCACCAGUAAUGUUCAGGCCGGUUUCCUUUUUGGGAUUCCUGUUGCCGGGACAAUCGCACAUUCUUAUGUCACUUCCUUCAGUUCUUUAGAGGAGGUUUGGCCACAGACGCUUGUUACAGCCAACGGAGACCCUGAUCCAGUCGAUGUGAUUUCUCUGACCAAAGGCUGGUUAAGGCGAGUCUGUGAGCUCCUUGAAGCAGAGCCUGGGAAAAUCCGUGAGGGCGAGCUUGCGGCUUUUCUAUCCUACGCCAUCGCCUACCCUCAUAACUUCCUGCCUGUGAUUGACAGCUACAGCGUGGAAUGUAGUGGGCUGUUAAACUUCUGUGCUGUGGCCUUGACGCUGUGUGAACUGGGUUACAAGCCUGUGGGGGUCCGUCUGGACAGCGGAGACCUCUGCAGCCAGUCCAUUGAAGUUCGCCGGGUUUUUACUCUCUGCAGCGAGCAGUUUUCCGUAUCAGCUUUUAAUUCUCUGAUCAUCGUAGGAACAAACAACAUCUCAGAGGAGAGCAUGACUGAACUCAACAAGAAGGCGAAUGAGAUCGACGUGGUCGGUGUUGGAACACAUCUGGUCACCUGCACCAAACAGCCAUCUCUUGGCUGCGUAUACAAGCUGGUGGAGGUGAGAGGAAGACCGAGGAUGAAGAUCAGUGAGGAACCAAAGAAGACCACAGUUGCAGGGAGGAAGGCCGUGUACCGAUUGUUAGAUGCUGACGGUCAUCCUUUUCUGGACUUACUGUGUCUUAAAGUGGAGCCCCCUCCUGAGGUGGGGUGUACAUUCACUUGCUAUCCUCUAGGGGGCGAUAACUUGCCUGUUUCAGUCACUCCAUCUCAGGUGACCUGUCUGCGAAAGGAAGUCUUCAUAGGAGGACAGGUCACAGAGCCUCUGUGCAGCGCUGCAGAAACUAGAGCAAAGGUCCAGAGCUCCCUGCAGACUUUGCACCCCCGGCAUAAGAAGCUGCAGGAGCCUGACGCAUACAUGGUGGCGCUCUCAGAAAAACUGCACAACUUGGUCACAGAGCUCCAAAAAGGCAGCAGCAAUGACAGCAACUUCCUGCUAGCCAACUAAAAAUGUGUUUUUUAUUUUUUGUUUUUAUUUCAGUCAAGUGCCUCCGAAUAAAAUGUGCUUCUGCUGAAACUAAAAUCUG